UGGGGAGGGAGGCCGCGGCUGGUAGGCUGCCCCGCGCCCGCCUCUGCGUACGAGGCACACUGAUCCGAAUCCCAUUCGCGGUCGCACAGAAGCCCCGCCACCGGUAUUUCGCUUGCCUCUACGCUUCCGGGAAGGCGGUGUGCACGCGCCACUACACUCUCCGAGGGAGGAGGGCGGGACCCAGCCGCCACCGCGGGUGGAGGAGGGGCGACUGGCGCUGUGGCGAAACCCCGCCAUGGAGCCGAGCUUUGGGACGGCGGGGCCCCGACGACAAGGUCCCUUCUGAUUACGCCACACCAUGCCCCUCAGCCUCUUCCGGCGCCUUCUCCUUGCUGCCCUGAUGCUGGUGAUUAUUUGGACCCUUUUCGGGCCCUCAGGCAUCGGGGAGGAGCUGCUGAGCCUCUCACUGGCCUCCCUGCUCCCGGCGCCGGCGUCCCCAGGGCCGCCCCUGGCCCUGCCCCGCCUCCUGAUCCCCAAUGAGGAGGCAUGUGGGGGUCCCGGCGCCCCACCCUUCCUGCUCAUACUGGUGUGCACAGCCCCAGAGAACUUGAACCAAAGAGACGCCAUUCGGGCUUCGUGGGGCGGGCUGCGCGAAGCCCGAGGGCUCAGGGUGCAGACACUCUUUCUGCUGGGAGAGCCAAGUUUGCGACAUCCCACCAGGGAAUCCCACGAGAUCGACCUGGCACGAGAGGCAGCGACUCGGGGAGACAUCUUGCAGGCGGCUUUCCGGGACUCUUACCGGAACCUUACUCUCAAGACUCUCAUCGGGCUGAGUUGGGCAUACAAACAUUGCUCCAUGGCCCGCUACAUCCUCAAGACGGAUGAUGACGUGUUUGUCAACGUCCCUGAACUGGUAUCGGAGCUGGUUCGGCGAGGGGGCCGUUGGGAACAAUGGGAGAAAAGCAUGGAGCCUCCAAGAGAGAAUAAGUUUGAAGAUGAAGAGUGGGAAGAAAGGUCCAUCUUCAGGGGCCAGCCAAUGCCUCUUUUGUACCUGGGCCGUGUGCACUGGCGGGUGCACCCCUCUCGGACACCAGGGAGCAAACACCAGGUAUCAGAGGAGCAGUGGCCUCCCACCUGGGGCCCCUUUCCACCCUAUGCCUCUGGCACAGGGUAUGUGCUGUCAGCUUCUGCCGUGCAGCUCAUCCUGAAAGUGGCCAGCCGGGCACCCCCUCUACCACUGGAAGAUGUCUUUGUGGGGGUAAGUGCCCGACGAGGAGGCCUCACCCCAACCCAUUGUGUCAAGCUGGCUGGGGCCACCCACUACCCCCUGGACCGGUGCUGCUAUGGGAAAUUCCUGCUGACAUCCCACAGGUUGGACCCCUGGAAGAUGCAGGAGGCCUGGAAGCUAGUGGGAGGCUCUGAGGGAGAAAAGACUGCACCCUUCUGCUCCUGGCUCCAGGGAGUCUUGGGCAUCCUGCGGUGUCGGGUAAUAGCCUGGCUUCACAGCUGACAGUGUCUGGGGCCACAGCAGAGUGAGGAGCUCAGGGUCUAGCCAGCACCCCUCACAGCCGUCUCUCGCUCAGGCCCACGGCAGGGGCCCUAGCUGGCUACAGAUGGCCACUUUCCGCUAUCAGAUGCUCAGUCUAUCACUGAAGAUAGAGAAAUCGAGGGGCCUGGCCUGCCAGCCCCAAAGAUGUCACCAGGAAGAGCAAAACAAUGCUGGGGUUGUUCUCUCCAGCCACAGGAGAGGGGCACAAGCUCCUCAAUAAACUUGUCUCUCUA